CACAGAAGCAGCAUGAGCAGCCGAUGGCACCAGUACAAGGCUGCGACCGACGCCGUCGUCAGUUGGCUCCAGCGCGCGACGGCAACCAAGGCAACGAAAGCGACGGCGACGGCCACGUCCGGGGCGACGACCACGAAAAGCAUCUGGGCCGCCGCGGUUGCCGUGGCCGAGAUGGGACUACCCGUGCCAGCGCACAUCUGGACGGAGCUCGCGACGUGUAUUCGCUUGCGCUGGAUGGCGACGCGGUCGCUGCCGCCCGAUGCCGGCCACAUGUACUUCCUCUUCUUGCUUCGAGCAGUUCGGUCCAAGCUUGCACCGCUGCGACCGACUGCAACACGGCGCAAGCCAGCAACAAGCAGCGGUCUCUCGAACGCAUUUGCGGCGCUUGCCGUCGACGAUGACAACGAUGACGACGGCGACAUGCCGCCAUUCGAUGCCUCGGCAUACACGCCGCCACCGCACGAGGAUCCGCGCAUGGCGCAACUUCAAGCCGACCAAUUCCGGACCAUGUGCUUCGUCUUGGACAUGGACGAGCUCAUGGGCGAGGUGCGUGCUGUCUGGGCGGCCUUCAAGCAAGGCGAGACGACGCUCGUGGCCGCGGCCGCCGUCACCAACCACAGCGUCCGCGUCGUCGAGUCGCUCGCGUCCGAGCUCAGCUUGGAGCUUCCGUACCUCCAGACGCUCGGCGAGAUCGACAUUCUUCUUGGCCAGUCGAUGUUGUUCCACCGCCUCGUGCGCUGCACCGAUCUCUCACUUGGCGACGCCGUCGAGCGCUGCUUCAAGAUGCGAUGGGCCCCCGCCGACGACACGCUCGAUGCACUCGUCGUGGACACGAUUCGUCUCUUCAAGCUAUCGCCCAAGGUUGGUACGAUCCCCGCGCUUCGCCGACUGGCGACCCCGCGAUUCGACUGGACAUCGACCACCAAGCACCUCGGCGGCGGCAGCAACCUCGACCAACUCUACAUUCUUAUGGCGACCGUCGCGACCAUGCUGCGCAACCGACAGCAGAUGGAAGCCGAUGUCGUCUUCCAGUGGGACGAGGCGACGGCGCCGGCGCCAUGCAUUAGUGCGCUGCACGGCACGCUGAUCAACGACAUCCUCGUGCCUCUGCUCUCGGUGCUCACGCAGCGCCCGUCGAAGAACGACGACAGCUUUCGCACGAGCGACGACUUUCGGUUCACCAAAGGCAUCACCGCGACGCUGCAGCCGUACAUGACCCUUGUGAACGGCCUCGCCAAGAACACGGUGGCGACGACCGAGCUCGUCUUUGCGACGCAGUGCCUGCUCGUCUCGAUCCUCGCAGUCCAAGGCCCAUCAAGCAACGCGAUCACGUGUGCGUCGGUCGCAGCGUCGACCAUUCGAGCGCUCAAGGCAGCGUACCGGCACGUUUUAGCUGCCAUGCAGCGGCCCGACAUUGCGCCCAAUAAUGUCGACUGGCUGCAAACCCAAGCCGGCGCGCUCCGGUUCUCGCUCUGGGCCGCGACAAGCAACGCCGACGCGACGCCCGAGGUCCGUCUCCGCACGUGGCUCAACCCGUGGAUGGCGGGCCAGCGACUGCUGGAGAGUGCGCUCUCGGUUCACUUUGUGCUCGGCAUCCAGAUCAUGGACGACAUGAAGCCGUCGGUCAUCUUGCUGCAUACGUACAACGCCUUGCGCAUCACUGGUGACGUGGCCCCGAUCGCAUUGCUCGACGAUAUCUCGGACCUCUACGCCCGCGGGUCCCAGAUCUGGGUCGGCAGUCGCCCGAGCAAGCGCGGUGGCUUGGUCAAGGCACUUGGGCUCUCGAUCGGGUCGACGUCGAUCCACGCGUUUACCGCGAGCGAAUUGGUGACGCCGGACGAGAAGGUGGCCAAGCGGCAGUACCACGACCGCAAGGACCGUCGCAGCAAGCUGCAAAAGGUGCACGGCGUGACGACUGCUCGCGCCGUCCAACGGACGACUUGCUACAUGGCGCUUAGUCGGUCGUGGUGACUGCUCUUUAGCACCGAAAAACCGAUUGAUCUCGGUGAUCUACGGCGGACGCUGGACACCGAGUGGCACAGCAUUCUGCACCUCAACCUCGUGGGCGUCAGCAACGUCUUUGACAAGAUGUGGGCCUCGCUCGAGCCGCGUCUGCACGCCUUGGAGGACCAAGCCAAGGUGGCGGCGCCAUCGAAGACGGUCGAGUUUCCGUCGGUCGCUGCCGAAGACACGCAAGUCGGCAUUGUGCUCGUGCUGCUGCGCAUGAUCGAUGUCGCGACCGAGACGGACUCGAUCGAGCGCGUCUUUAUCGACGUCUUUUCGACGAUGCUCACCGAGAUGGCACCCAUGCUUGACGAGGCGGUCACGCUCCCCUA